GGUUGCACGUGCUGUCGAUGAGGAAAUGGUCAACAUGUUAUGAAUGGAUCAAUAGCCUGCGUUUCACUUUCUCAUUGCUGGGCAUGUGAUUUCUGUUAUUCAAACAUCUUUGGUAUUGCUAGCUUGGGUUCCAUUGCUUGCAUAGUGACGUUGAUAUACUUAUAUGAGAAGGAGAUGUACCAAUAGUGGUUACAGUAUCUAGCUAGAGCGAUAGCUAAGCAGGUUGCAGACAGUCGUGUAGGUCGCGCCCGGCUUCAGAGCUCCUUCCCCGGUGACUGCAAGCUGGAAAGGACGUGGAUGCGGUGAGGCCCAACGGGUACAACCAGGUGACAGUAUGGCUGAGGACCCUCAGAGGAACUUCCGUUCUGCCUAUUAUGAGAAGGUGGGCUUCAGAGGGGUGGAGGAGAAGAAAUCACUGGAGAUAUUACUGAAGGACAACCCACUGGACGUGGAGAAGCUGAGCACUUUCAGUCAGAGAUUCCCUCUGCCCUCAAUGUAUAGGAUCCAUGUAUGGAAAGUGCUGUUGGGUAUCCUUCCUCCCCACAGUGACUCCCACUCCCUGGUGGGAGGGUACAGGCGGGAACAGUACCAGGAUGUGUUGGAGGCCCUGAAGGUGAUGAGGUUUGUCCACAUGGCCACUCCCCAGACGCAGGUGUACCUACGCAUGUUCCAGCUGGAGAGCCAAGUGCUGCCCAGACGCUCUGAUACCUCAGCCCCGGACGAGGAGGAUGAGGACUUCCUGUCCAUAGCUCGAGCCAUGGAGGAGAUCGUAGAAGACCCUAUGGAUUGUUAUUGGCUGAUCAAGAGCUUUGUCAACCAGUUCAACAAUAAGUUUGGAGACUCCAUUCCCCACCUGCCCAAGAGUCUGGAGCACUACCUGAGUGUGGAGGAGCCCCGGCUACUGAACCAUCUGAAGAAUACUGGGGCCCUCGCCAUGCUGCCAUACAGCCUGUGGUUCAGACGAUGCUUCGCUGGCUGCCUGCCUGAGUCCAGCCUGCAGAGGGUGUGGGACAAGGUGAUCAGCGGGUCCUGUAAGAUCCUGGUCUUCGUUGCCAUGGAGAUCCUUCUCAGCUACAAGAUCGUGGUGAUGGGGACCAGCAGACCGGAGGGAGUGGUCAGCGUCCUGUGCAACAUGCCCCAGGAGAACACGGACGCAAUAGUGACUAAGGCCAUUGACCUGUGGCACAAGUACUGUGGCACCCCCAUGCACUCUGUAUAGGAUCGCAGGUCUCCUGCCGGACCGUCUGGAUGGGGUCGUUGACAUUGGGAUACGCUUGGACUCAAAUCAAUCACGUUUAUUUGUCACAUACUUCGUAAAACAACAGAUGUGGACUAGCAGUGCAACGGUUUCUUCCGGGCCCUUCCAAACAAUGCAGAGAGAAAGAGCAUAGAGAACUAAUAUAAAAGUAAUAAUAACAUGUCUAUAUACACACACGGUGCCAGUUCCAAGUAGAUCUGCAGGGGUACAAGGUAAUUGAGGUAGAUAUGUUCAUAUAACUAAGAAUAAAGUGACUAGACAACAGGAUAGAUAAACAGUAGCAGCAGUGUAUGUGAUGAGUGCCUGGUACAGAGGUCCUGGAUGGCAGUGAGCUCAGCCCCAGUGAUGUACUGAGCUGUACGCACUACCCUCUGCAGAGCCUUGCGCUUGAAUGCCAAGAAAUUUACAUACCAGGCGGUGAUGCAGGCGGUGAUGCAGGCGGUGAUACCAGGCGGUGAUACCAGGCGGUGAUGCAGGCGGUGAUGCAGCCAGUCAAGAUGCUCUCAGUGGUGUCGCUGGAGAACUUUUUGAGGAUCUGAGGGUCCACGACAAAUUUUUUUCAGCCUCCAUGCCAAGUCUUUUCAACCUCUGACUGGAAGUGCCCCUGAGGAACCACCGUGUUGAGGGUAAGUGUGGCGAAUGUGUUGAUGCCUACCAUCAGCACCUGGGAGCAUCCUGUCAGGAAAUCCAGGAUCCGGUUGCAGAGGGAGGUGUUCAGUCCCAGGGUCCUUAGCUUAGUGUUGAGCUUUGAGAGCACUAUGAUGUUGAAUGCUGAGCUGUAGUCAAUGAACAACAUUCUCAUAUAGCUGUUCCCUUUGUCCAGGUGGGGAAGGGCAGUACCCCGUUGCAGAUUUGGGCAUGCCUAAAUUGGAAACGUUACUGUACAGCCAUUGCAUGACGUCAGAACUCUGGCUCUGCUCUUCACAGCACUGUAUGGGUUUUGACUGACAGCCGUUCUGAACAUGAGCACCUCGCACGACAAGAAGUUGCCCCCAUCCCUCCCGCUAAAUUGGGCAACUUUUGAGGGAAAUGCUGUAAAUUAAGAGGAUUCUAUGUAUACUGAAAAAAAUAUUAACGAAACAAUUUAAAAUAAUUUACAGAGUUACAGUUCAUAGAAGGAAAUCAGUCAAUUGAAAUAAAUAUAUUAGGCCCUAAUCUAUGGGUUUCACAUGACUGGGCAGGGGUGCAGUCAAACAAAAAUAGUUUUUCCCCACAAAAGAGCUUUAUUACAGACAGAAAUACUCCUCAGUUUCAUCAGCUGUCCAGGUGGCUGGUCUCAGACGAUCCCGCUGGUGAAGAAGCCGAUUGUGGAGGUCUUGGGCUGGUGUGGUUACAUGUGGUCUGCGGAAUUGUGUUCAUUGUUCAUAGCUUAUGCCUGCCCACACCAUAACCCCACCGCCACCACGGGGCUCUGUGUUCACAACGUUGACAUCAGCAAACUGCUCACCCACACACCACCAUACACGUGGUCUGCGGUUGUGAGGCCUGUUGGACAUACUGCCAAAUUCUCUAAAACAACGUAAGUGGCAGCUUAUGGUUGAGAAAUGAACAUUCAAUUCUCUGGUAACAGCUCGGGUGGACAUUCUUGCUGUCAGCAUGCCAAUUGCACGCUCCCUCAAAACUUGGCAUCCGUGGCAUUGUGUUGUGUGACAAAACUGCACCUUUUAUUGUCCCCAACACAAGUUGCACCUGUGUAAUGAUCAUGCUGCUUAAUCAUCUUAUUGAUAUGCCACACAGGUGGCUGGAUUAUCUCGGCAAAGAGAAACGCUCACUAACAGGGAGGUAAACACAUUUGUGCGCAAAAUUGAGGAGAAAUAAGCUUUUCGUGCAUAUGGAACAUUUUGGGGAUCUUUUAUUUCAGCUUAUCAAACAUGGGACCAACACUUUACAUGUUGCGUUUUAUAUUUUUAUUCAGUAUAUUUUGAAAGAUGAUACUUUAUUUAUAAUUUAUAAUAAAUACCAAAUUGAUGUCAUACAAGCAAGCCAAACACCCUUGAGUCCAAAAUGUGCACUUCACAUUUCCAUGUCAUAAAACUCAUGUCAUAUACCGUGUCAACGUUUAUGAUCACUAUGUUUGAUGUCCAGUUACAAGAUGACAUGCCGUCAUACGUUAUUCUGAACAGAAUGAUCCUCGGUUUCUGUGAAGAAGAUUUGCCGCGGCGCACGCACCUGAAUGCGCUCAUGACUCCUUUCUAUGCGCACCAAAAUUCUGAUCUGUUUCCCUGAAUUGCAUUGUGAAAGCCUUUUAUAAUGUCUUUGUCUAACACUGUAAUAUCGUAUUUUAUACCUUUUCUAGUCAUGUUGACAAUGGAACAGGCUUUGAAAUGAUGCCCACCUGACUCAGAUUGCGAUUUAUAAUUGACCAUUUUGGAUUGCGUAAGUAACUGUAAUUGUGUGAUUGCGGGGAUGUAGUUAUUUUUGUUUGGAACAACACUGCAAGUGUGCUUGCUGCUCUAGUUCCUGAAUGGCACAGCUAGGAGAGCUCACCUUAUAGUUGAAGACUCUUCUUUAAAUCAUAAAAGUGCAUUGAAAUGACUUAGAAACUGUGCACCCUUUAGAAAGGUGUGGCCACUUGGAGAUACCAGUUAAUCCUCUCACUCAAACCCUUGUAAUUUAUUUGUCUUAUGUUGUAGCUACACCACAUUUUCCAGGAAUAUUCUUAUCCUGUUACUGAAUGUAUCAAGAGCAUUUUCAGAUUUAGUUUUCAACAAAUGUGACGCAAAGGACAGCAUACAGUACUAGUAAAAAGUAUAUAUAUUAUUAUAUAUAUAAUAUUCAUAUAUACAGCAGUACUAGUAAAAAGUUUGGACACACCUACUCAUUCAAGGGUUUUUCUUUUUACUAUAUUUUUUCCAUUGUAGAAUAAUAGUGAAGACAAACUAUGAAAUAAUGCAUAUGGAACCAAAAGUGUUAAACAAAUCAAAAUAUAUUUUAGAUUCGAAGUAGAUUCGAAGUAGCCACCCUUUGCCUUUGACAGCUUUGCACACUCUUAGCAUUCUCUCAACCAGCUUCAUGGGGAAUGCUUUUCCAACAGUCGUGAAGGAGUUCUCACAUAUGCUGAGCACUUGUAAGCUGCUUUUCCUUCACUCUGCGGUCCAACUCAUCCCAAACCAUCUCAAUUGGGUUGAGGUCGUGUGAUUGUGGAGGCCAGGUCAUCUGAUGCAGCACUCCAUCACUCUCCUUCUUGGUCAAAUAGUCCUUACACAGCCUGGAGGUGUGUUGGGUCAUGGUCCUGUUGAAAAACAAAUGAUAGUCACACUAACCGCAAACCAGAUGGGAUGGCGUAUCGCUGCAGAAUGCUGUAUUAGACAUGCUGGUUAAGUGUGCUUUGAAUUCUAAAUACAUCACUAACAGUGUCACCAGCGAAGCCCCCCCACACCAUCACACUUCCUCCAUGCUCCUACUCCAUGCUUCACUGUGGAAACCACACAUGCAGAGAUCAACCAUUCACAAAGACACUGCGGUUGGGACCAAAAAUCUCUUGGACUUAUCAGACCAAAGGACAGUAUUCCACCGGUCUAAUGUCCAAUGCUCAUGUUUCUUCUCUUCUUCUUAUUGGUGUCCUUUUAGUAGUGGUUUCUUUGCAGCAAUUUGACCAUGAAGGCCUGAUAACAGACAGUCUCCUCUGAACAGUUGAUGUUUAGAUGCGUCUGUUACUUGAACUCUGGGAAGCAUUUAUUUAGGCUGCAAUCUGAGGUGCAGUUAGCUCUUUAACUUGUCCUCUGCAGCAGAGGUAACUCUGGGUCUUCCCUUCCUGUGGAGGUCCUCAUGAGAGACAGUUUCAUCAUAGCGCUUGAUGGUUUUUGCGACUGCACUUUCAAAGUUCUUGAAAUGUUCUGCAUUGACUGACCUUUAUGUCUUAAAGUAAUGAUGUACUCUCUUUGCUUAUUUGAACUGUUCUUGCUAUAAUAUGGACUUAGCCCUAUUUGGUAAAAUACCAUCUGCUGUAUACCACCCCUACCUUGUCACCACACAACUGAUUGGCUCAAACGCAUUAAGAAGGAAAUCAAUUCCACAAAUUAACUUUAAGCAAGGCACACCUGUUAAUUGAAAUGCAUUCCAGGUGACUACUUCAUGAAGCUGGUUGAGAGAACGCCAAGAGUGUGCAAAGCUUUCAUCAAGGCAAAGGAUGGCUACUUUGAAGAAUCUAAAAUAUGUACUUUGAUUUGUUUAACACUUUCUUGGUUACUACAUGAUUCCGUAUAUGUGUUAUUUCAUAGUUGUGAUGUCUUCACUAUUAUUCUACAAUGUAGAAAAUUGUAAAAAAUACAGAAAAAUCCUGGAAUGAGUAGGUGUGUCCAAACUUUUGACUGGUACUGUAUGUAAAAAUGCACAUAAAAUCAAGUGUUAUAUUUGGAUUCAGUAUUGUGUCAGGUGAACUGUUGUCCUCACUUUGGUCUAAUACUUUUUCCAUAAUGCCCAAACUGUUCCUGUUCAAUUGCUACCAUUUUCAUAAUUUUUCUUAAUCCUUAUCCAUAUAGGCCAAUUCCCACGAGUCUAAAGGGUUAACAGGAGAACAUCCAGUCCUCUGCCACUAACACAACAUACAUUGAGCUUGGACCAAAUGGAUAAAAUGAAUGACUGUACAGUACAAAGGGCUGGUCCAGGGCCUGUCAUGGUUGAGGUUACUAUGGUUGUUUCUAUGGGGAAACUGGUCCUAAACCUGUGCUUAGGGAGGUUUACUAAGCAGACAGGUUUGGAUCGUAGCAGCAAUCCACUAUAUUUAUGGCCUGGUCUCAGAUCUGUUUGUCUUGUCAAUUCCAACCAUGCUUGUCAACUCCUCCAACCUACUCAGUUCAGACUCCUUGAAAUGAAGCCCAUUUCCUUGAACAUGUGUCCCAAAGGAAGGAAUUUGGAGGUGUCUUUGCUUGACAUGUGACCAUCUAGCAGAAGAUCACAGCUGAAUCAUGUAUUUAUAUAUCAAUAAACAUGCAUUUAAUGACAGAGAAAGUUUGAGUGAAUUAAAACCAGAGAUAUAAUACUCUUCUAUUUCUAUUAUGAAAACAGUUUGAUUUCAGUUAGUGAAGGGAAGUUAUAAAGUUAUAUACGGUGGGAUCUGAAAUUGACACUUGAUAAAAAAUAACUUCAUAAAAUAAUUCAAAUACUGAGCUAUAUUGUAUGCAAAAAAAAAAAAUUGUACUAAUACAAUUGCUCAGAGGUAGAGAUUUUGUUUAACAAGUAAUACUUUUUUUUUUCUCAAAGAGAGACAAUCAUUGACACUCCUGUUUUCAAUAGGAUAAGGACACUGAACCGUUUCUAAAGUGUACAGACAGGAUAUCAAGGAUCUGGAAGGAUUCUAUGUGCUUAUGGGCUGCCCUCUUCAAUUCAAACCAUAUGUUUUAAAUUA